AUGGUUCCGAAGGAUCCUAGCUUCAUGGCAAAGAAUUUUACCAUUUCAUUAGACAAUGUUACAAGUGGACGUCUGCACACAUUGAUAACUUCUGCAUUCAGUCAUAUGGAUGUUGGCCAUAUCAUUUCUAACAUGAUUGGAUUAUAUUUUUUUGGGACGAAUAUUGGAAGAGUUUUUGGGCCUGAAUUUUUGCUAAAGUUGUAUCUAGCUGGGGCUGUUGGUGGCUCGGUCUGUUUCUUGGUGCACAAAGCCUACAUGGCCGCGUCAUCGAAGGGCUGGCAACCAUGGAACAUGGACCCAUCAAAAAUACCGGGACUGGGCGCAAGCGGGGCUGUUAAUGCUAUCAUGUUGCUUGAUAUAUUCCUCUUCCCAAAAUCUACCCUCUACUUGGAGUUUAUCAUACCAGUUCCCGCCAUCCUGCUGGGGAUCUUUCUAAUUGGGAAAGAUGUCUUGAGGAUAAUAGAGGGAGACAGUCAUAUCUCAGGAGCUGCACACUUGGGGGGUGCUGCAGUUGCAGCCAUAGCCUGGGCACGGCUUCGGAAGGGGCGUUUUUGA